UACACUUCCCCAGAGAAUCACUCGCUUCAGCUAUAAAACUGGAUGUGGUUUGGAUGGUCGGCAAACCGACAAAGACUUUGGAGCUAAAGUUUCACUAUGGAGUUUUGCAUAUUGGCGCUGUUUACGCUUCUUUCCUCGUUCUACGACGUUUUGGCGUUGUCGCGUAAUGGCGUGUGCCUGCUUCAAUUGGAUGAGGGACCUUGCAGGGGAGAAAUCGAGCGCUAUUAUUACAACACUGUGACCCAAAAGUGCGAGAUUUUCUAUUAUGGAGGGUGCCAAGGAAACGCCAAUAACUUCAAGAGUUAUCAGGAGUGCCAGAAAACAUGCUUCAGAAUCCCAAAGAUUCCCCAAGUCUGCAGGUUUCAUAAAGAUGAGGGACCGUGUCGGGCUCUCUUUCGCCGCUACUUCUUCAACAUGACCACCAUGCAGUGUGAGUCCUUUUUCUACGGCGGCUGCGAGGGCAAUUCGAAUCGCUUCCGAGACUUCACCUCUUGCAUGGAGUACUGCAGUCCACGAAAAACUGUUCCUGUGCUCUGCCUGGACCCUUUGGACAAAGGGAAAUGUUCAGCCUCCAUUCCUCGGUAUUACUACAACAAAGCCACCAAGAUGUGUGAGGAGUUCAUCUACUCAGGUUGCGGAGGAAGCAGCAACAACUUCGUCUCUAGGCAGAGCUGCAUGGACGUGUGUGUUAGAGGUGUGGAAAAAACACACAAGCCAAGGAAAAGGUCGUCGCAUGAGACGGAAUAGAAAUAAUCACAUCACUUUCUUGCAGGCGUAGACAUUUGACAGGUGUUCUCAGGGACUCUCACUUGGACAAGCUCCUUAAUGGAUACUAACAUUUGUUAAACCGACUUUGUACCAAAUUGUUGACCAGGUCUUUAAUGUUGUUACUGGAAGACUUUUAGUGGCACAUAAACACAUUUUUACUGUAUUUAUAUGCUGUUGAUGACGUUUGUUACUACUGCACUAAUGUUCCUGACUGUGUAUUUUUUGAUACUGUAUGUAUGUAAUGUAUGUUUUCUAUAAGUAAUACAUUAUGUGAAGUGAACUUUUUUUUAUUUGAUUAACUGUUUUAUAAGCACAUGUUUUAAUAAAACGUACAGAAUUUUAA